AUGCCGAGUGCAUGUGUCUACCGUGCCAGCCUGCACGCCGUGAAGCACAGGCCGCAGCCCCUGCUCGCAUGGACGGCAAGGAGGUUCCGGACUGUAGCGCCCUUCACCGCGUUCCCCACACCCGCACGCCCCAGACUCCACGCCUCGGCCUCAUGCGAGGCGGUGUCACGAUGGAACACGUCCUCCCCCAGCAGCGCCCCCCCUUCGCACGGCUUCUCCAGUAACGGGGGGAGUGACCCGGACACCAAGGAGAGCGCAGCACCCUUUGCAGGGCCGCCUGUUUACGUCAAGGCCCCUGGGCGCAUCGUCGCCGUGGGCGACAUCCACGGCGACCUAAACAAGGCGGUGUCCAGCCUGCAGCUGGCGGGGGUGCUGGGCCGGGACGAGGAGGGCCGCGCGCUGUGGACAGGGGCUGACACGACGCUGGUCCAGUUGGGCGACGUCCUGGACCGCGGCGACUGCGAGAUCGGCGUCCUGCUGCUGCUCCGGGAGCUGGACCGGCAGGCCCGGCUGGAGCAGGGUGCGGUGUGGAUGCUCAAUGGUAACCACGAGAGCCUGAACGUUGCCGGCGACUUCAGGUACGUGACCCCCGGCGCCUUCUGGGAGUGCGCCGUGGCUGCCGGCAUCUCCGACGCGGAGCUGGAGCGCGACCCGCGCGCCGCGCUGCGCGCGCGCUGGGAGCUGUACCGCCCCGGCGGCCGCAUGGCGGUGGACCUGGCGGCCAACCCCACCGUGCUGGUGGUGAACGACAUUGUGUUUGCGCACGGCGGUCUGCUCCCCCACCACCUGGUCUACGGCCUGGAACGCAUCAACGCCGAGGUGGCGGCCUGGAUGAGUGGGGCGAAGGGCGGCGAGCCGGGAGCGGCCGCGCCGCUGCCGCCCUUCCUCGCCAUGGGCGACGGCUCCUCCAUCAUGUGGAACAGGACCUACGGCCGGGAGCAGUUUGGCCACGGCGACCGCCAGGCGAUGGAGGAGCAGCUGCUGAGCACGCUGCGCGCGCUGCGCGCACGCGCCAUGGUGGUCGGCCACACGCCCCAGACGCGCGGGCUGAACUGCGAGUGCGGCGGGCGCGUCUGGCGCGUGGACGUGGGCAUGUCCGCCGGCGUGCUGGAUGCCGACCCGGCGAUCCUGGAGCUCUCCGCGCCGGACGAGCGGGGCCUGGUAACGGCCACAGCCAAGAAGGCGCCGGGGAGGUGGUCGGCAGCCGCCAUGCGCGGGGCGGGGCUGGAUGACGGCGUGCAGUGUGGCACCCUGAAUGUAGCACGCUCUCUCUUCCACAACGAGACACUCUUUGACCACUUUGAAGAGGUGCGAAUGGCAGCCCCAUGGACACUCUGGGGAGAAGGACACAGCGUGAGGCGUGAAGAAUGA